UCCUGUCAGGAAAUGACAACAGUGAAGCCCUUCCUGAGUCUCUCCCAUCCGCUCCUGGAACAUUGCCUCAUUUUAUGCAGGAACCAGAUGAUGCUUACAUCAUUAAAAGCAACCCCAUUGCCUUGCGAUGCAAAGCCAUGCCCGCUAUGCAGAUUUUCUUCAAGUGUAAUGGUGAAUGGGUCCACCAAAAUGAGCAUGUCUCUGAGGAAAGCAUGGAUGAAAGUACAGGCUUGAAGGUUCGAGAGGUGUUCAUCAACGUGACGAGGCAGCAGGUGGAGGAUUUUCAUGGGCCAGAAGAUUACUGGUGUCAGUGUGUUGCAUGGAGCCAUUUAGGGACCUCAAAAAGCAGGAAGGCAUCAGUCCGCAUAGCCUAUUUACGGAAAAACUUUGAGCAAGACCCACAAGGAAAGGAGGUUCCUAUUGAAGGGAUGAUUGUUCUGCACUGUCGGCCACCAGAGGGAGUACCUGCAGCUGAGGUGGAAUGGCUUAAGAACGAGGAGCCCAUCGAUUCCAACCAGGAUGAGAACAUCGACACCAGGGCAGAUCACAACCUGAUCAUCCGCCAGGCCCGUCUGUCUGAUUCCGGGAACUACACUUGCAUGGCUGCCAACAUAGUGGCCAAGAGAAGGAGCAUGUCUGCAACAGUCGUGGUGUAUGUGAAUGGAGGCUGGUCGUCAUGGACUGAGUGGUCUAACUGCAAUGUGCGGUGUGGUCGAGGCUGGCAGAAGCGAUCCCGGACCUGUACCAACCCUGCUCCGCUCAACGGGGGUGCAUUUUGUGAGGGAAUGUCAGUGCAGAAAAUUACCUGCACUUCACUUUGCCCUGUGGACGGUAGUUGGGAGGUGUGGAGUGAAUGGUCAGUCUGCAGCCCGGAAUGUGAGCAUCUGAGAAUUCGGGAAUGUACAGCUCCACCUCCAAGAAAUGGAGGAAAAUUCUGUGAGGGCUUUAGUCAAGAAUCUGAGAAUUGCACUGAAGGGCUUUGCAUUCAAGAUAAAAAACCUCUUCAUGAAAUAAAACCCCAAAAUAUCGAGAAUGCCAGUGACAUUGCCUUGUACUCAGGCCUGGGUGCUGCAGUCAUUGCUGUAGCUGUGCUGGUAGUCGGCAUUACACUCUAUAGACGGAGCCAGAGCGAGUAUGGGGUGGAUGUGAUUGAUUCAUCCGCGCUGACAGGAGGCUUCCAGACAUUUAAUUUUAAAACAGUCCGGCAAGGUAACUCCCUGCUUCUGAACUCAUCCAUGCAGCCUGACUUGACAGUGAGCAGAACGUACAGCGGACCCAUCUGCCUGCAGGACCCCAUGGAUAAGGAGCUCAUGACAGAAUCUUCACUCUUUAAUCCCUUGUCAGACAUCAAGGUCAAAGUUCAGAGUUCGUUCAUGGUUUCCCUGGGGGUGACGGAGCGGGCCGAGUAUCACGGAAAGGCACAUUCUGGAACGUUUCCCCAUGGGAACAACAGAGGCUUCACGACAAUACAUGCCAGGAACAAAACUACAUACAUUCAGAAUCUGUCAUCUCUUUCAACAAGAAGUGAGCUGAGAACGACUGGCAUUUUUGGCCACCUGGGUGGCCGUUUAGUGAUGCCAAACACAGGAGUCAGUUUGCUGAUACCACAUGGAGCUAUCCCUGAAGAGAGCUCAUGGGAAAUCUAUCUUACCAUCAGUCAAGGGGAGUCCAGUCUACUGCCAGAAGGCACAGAAGUUCUUCUUGGUCCAGAAGUCACAUGUGGCCCUCCAGAUGUGACUGUCGCCACUCCUUUUGCCUUGACUAUACCGCAUUGCGCAGAAGUAAAUUCUGAACACUGGAAUAUUCACUUGAAAAAAAGAACACAACAAGGGAAAUGGGAGGAAGUGAUGUCCAUGGAAGAGGAAACUACUUCCUGCUACUGCCUAUUGGAUCCUUACGCCUGUCACAUUCUCUUAGACAGCUUUGGAACUUAUGCUCUCGCUGGGGAGCCCAUCUCUGACUGCGCGGUUAAACAGCUGAAAGUGGCAGUGUUUGGCUGCAUGUCUUGCAAUUCGCUGGAUUACAAUCUGAGAGUGUACUGUAUGGACAACACCCCUUGUGCAUUUCAGGAAGUAGUUUCAGGUGAAAGACACCAAGGAGGACAGUUGCUGGAGGAACCUAAGUUGCUGCAUUUCAAAGGGAAUACGUUUAGUCUUCAGAUCUCCGUUCUUGAUAUCCCCCCUUUCCUCUGGAGAAUUAAACCAUUUACUGCAUGUCAGGAAGUUCCCUUCUCUCGUGUGUGGUGCAGUAACCAGCAGCCACUGCACUGUGCCUUUUCACUGGAGCGUUACACUCCUGCAACCACACAACUGUCCUGCAAGAUCUGUGUUCGGCAAGUCAAGGGCCAUGAGCAGAUCCUACAGAUCCAGACAUCUAUUCUAGAGAAUGAGAGAGAAACCAUCACUUUGUUUGCACGUGAGGACAGCAACUUCCCUACACAAACUGGUCCAAAAGCCUUCAAAAUCCCAUACUCCAUUAGACAGAGAAUAUGUGCGACAUUUGACACACCCAAUGCUAAAGGCAAAGACUGGCAGAUGUUAGCACAGAAAAACAGCAUCAACAGGAAUCUCUCUUACUUUGCUACACAAAGCAGUCCAUCUGCUGUCAUUUUGGACCUGUGGGAAGCCCGACAUCAGCAUGAUGGUGACCUUGACUCUCUAGCCUGUGCCCUGGAAGAGAUAGGACGGACACACUCCAAAAUCUCAAAUCUUACAGAAACUCAGAUUGAGGAGACCGACUUCAGCUACAGCAGGCAAAACGGACUUUAGUCGUCUCUUUUCCAUUCAAGAACCGAUGGCCAGCUUUGACUCUGACAUUAGCAAAUUUCUACGAGCAGGGAGGAAAUAAGGGUUUUAUGCACAUUGCAUACAGGGAAUCAGACCUUCAUUUCUACCACCUGUUUUUUAUUUGGAGGAGCAGAAGAAACCCCAGAGUAAAUCACCACAGUAACAAGGAAAAUGCAAUCAUCUCUGUGACGCCACAAUUCUCCCAGAAUUAAAACUCAUGUGAGAGUAAUGAAAAUAAAGUCUACUUUUCUACGAUUCCCAGGGGGUGAGAGGAUGGGGAAGCUAUAGGUGAUAACGGUAGAUAUUGUGACACUGUAUUAUUUAAGAAACAGUAAUGCAACCCAGAGAAAAAUAAAGAAGGCAGUGACGAUGCUCUAUGACCAAGAAGUUAUUGAAUAUUUAGAGCCACUAGACUCUCUGGGUUUCAAGAUUCGAUCACAUGGCUUGAUUCGCCAUUGCCUUGCACCUUGUCAAUUUACAGUUAAGAAGGUACAAAAUACUACCAUGCUGAUUUGAUAGCACUGUGCAUUCACUUUAUACUGGUGUAAGUGAACUCCAUGUAUUGCAGGGCUACAGAAAAUCAGAUCCAGGGAAUUGGAACCUAUACUGUUUCAUUUACGUAAUCAAUCUCAACCAGCCAAUCCACUUCAAAAUGUGAUCAUGUAAUUAACGUACACAUUUGCUGCAGAAUUUUCUUAGCCCUUCUAAUAGCAGAAAGUCCCCCAAACUCUUAUAAACGUGCUGCUUUUUACUGCAUAAAACUUGGAACAACUUCACAUAACAACCAACUGCAGUACUGGGAAUAGCCACACCUGUUUUAGCAAAUUUGACUUUUUAGGCUUUGUAUUUUUUUUGCAUUGCUCCUAAUUUCAGGACUAUCAAGGCAGUAACUAUUUCCACCUGAAACCAGGCAAAAAUCAAAAUUGCAAUGUUUGGCUUGGUUUCUACCAAUCAGAAACAAUAAAUCCAGGGGCACAUCCAGACAUCGGUCCACUUUCAUCCUAAAGGUUUUGUGCACUGUGGCAGAGUUUCACAGUCUUAAAAUCUGAGCUCAGCAGUGUUUCAUCUGGUUUAGUGAUGUUGACGCCAACAACAAAACAGUUGAGAUAGGGAACGUUCUCUGGCUUUCCACCAUUCUCUCCCUCCCCCCCACCCAUCUUUAACUUCU